CCUCCUUUGACCCUCUAGGAAUCCCGGCGCAGUACGCAGUACACUACCUGGGCACCACCACCCUACCUUGCUAUCUGAGGUUUACCUAGCCCAUCACUGCCACCUGAUGGCCUAGAUCUUCGGGCACAAUAGGUAUCUCUCUGUUGCGAUCUACACCACGUCGCCUCAGUAUCUGCCUUACGACCAUUUGCUUGCCUUGGGAACAUCGUGUCUUCGUCUUCAGUUUUCGUUCCCCAUCAUUUCUAUUCUCAAAUGACUUACUCGCAACUCUGCUGGCAUACCCCUUGUCUUCCUUUCCCCUCCCCCCCUCGUCUUUCCCGCUGUCAGACUUAGCUGCUCGCCAUGGACACUACGUUUUCGGACGACGAGAAGCGGUUCGUGCUAGGUGAAAUGAUCAAGGUCAGCACCAUAGACGUAUAUACUCUCGUCGAAUUCAUCAAGGCUCAUCAUGUCGAGCCAAACUGGAUGUCGAUGCAGCUUCCCGGUGGUCGUAAUAUGAACCAGUGCUUCGGCGCAGUCGAGACCAUGUUCCAGACUAAAUACCCGCCGCCGAACCUGACAAGCUUCAAGCGCAAAUCCCUGAGCGACCUAGUAGAUCACCCUGCGAAGAGGCAAGCGAUGAUGGCCCCUCUCGAGCCUCCCGUAACUGCAGCUCGCGUUAUUCAGCCGCGCCCUCCUCCGAAUGGCUAUCCGCCAGCUGUUCCCGUCAGCAUUAGUCCCCCGGUAACGUCGACAGGUAAAAAACGCGGCCGGCCGUCCAAGGCAGACAAGGAAGCUCAAGCUCGCGCCGUCUACUCGCGCAUAUCGGAGUAUACGCCAAUAACACCAGCACCUUUGGCUCCGCUAGCAGCCCAGCCCCAGCGCGAAUAUGCAUCGUCCCCAGGAUACGAGAUCUCGAGCAACCCGGGCGACCAGAAAUCUAAAAAGCGCGGUUUUGGUGCAAUCGACAGUCCACGACAAGCGAGUAGCUCGUUCCCCCUUACAUCGCCAGCAUCUAACACAGAAACUCCCCGCGCUUUCCCGGAGCCUCUCGAGCAAGUAGAGAGAUCUACGUUGUCGCCUCGUGAUCGAGGUUCGAUAGCACUGGACUCGCGAUCACCGCCACUACUCCCGCACAUUCAACAGCAGCAACCAGAUCCGUCGCAAGGACUUCCCCAUUUACAACCGCGAGCGCAACCUCCACAUCCAUACCCACCAUCCCCGCGAAAUUUGCAAACAUAUGAGCCCCCUCACCGGGCCGUUGAUCCCAUAUUUCCAAAUAGAGAUAGGACGAGACACGAUAUAUCAAAAGACGUCCCUCCCCCGGUAACCACGGUAGCGGAUCGGAGUUAGAGAAGAGUGUAGCAUAUUAGACGACCAGCCUGGUCAUUCGAUACCAUAAUCCACCAUCGAUAUCUUGGGUUUAUAGAGAAAGGUUUUUGGGAGGCUAGUUUCGUUUUACACUUUCGGGGGC